AUGAAGAGGUUAGAUCCAUAUAAAAUAUUACAAGUCACACGAAAAUCUAAACCAGAAGAAAUAAUUACCUCUUUUAAAAAAUUAAGAUAUAAAUAUCAUCCAGAUCGGCCGAAGGGAAACAGAGAACUUUAUGACCAAGUUAUAGAAGCUUUUGAAUCAAUAAAAAAUAAUUCACACGAAUACAUGAACGUUAACGAGUUUAUUGAGCGUUAUAAAGGCUCUGAUGAAGAAUAUAAUGAUAUUAUAAAGGCUUAUGAAAAAUACAAAGGGGAUAUGCGCAAAAUUAUGGAUAGUUUAAUUUGUACAAAUGAAGAAGAUGAAGAGAAGAUUAGAGACAUUUUAACAGAAGAAAUUAAAGCAGGGAAAAUCAAAAAAUAUGAAAAAUUUGAUAAAAAAAUGAGAAAACGUAAAAAUGAAAGUAAAAAAGCAGAAGAAUUGGCUAAAAAAAUGGGCAUUGAUCUUUCAUUAUCUUUAGAAGAUUUACUUAAUCGACAAGAUAGUAGACAAGAAACUCUUAUUAAAAGAUUAGAAUCAAAAUAUGGCGAUGUAAAAAGACUUAAAAAAUAG